GGAAGACUUGUUUUUCGUCGGCCAUUUUAUUUGUUGAUCCAUCUGCUGAGUAAAGCAAUACCUUGUACUGUGCUGUGGAACUCUCAAUAGUUUCAAUUAUGGCAGAUUCCAAGCCAAAGUUAUACACUGCAUGGUUUUGCCCAUUUGCUCAGCGUGCCUGGAUAGCAAUGUUGGCCAAGAAGGUAGAUUUUGAAUAUAUUGAACAAAACCCAUACAACAAGACACCAGAAUGGAUGGCAAUAAGUCCGACUGGGCUCGUACCAGUCAUAGUGCAUGAUGGCAAUACUGUUUAUGAAAGUUCGGUAUGCAUCGAGUAUAUUGAUGAAGCUUUCUCAAGUGAUGUCUCACUGCUUCCGAAAGAUCCAUAUCAACGUGCUUAUGCUCGUAUCUGGGGUGACUUCUUGUCCAAGAAUGUAAUUCCUCAUUUUUAUGCCAUUCUUUUGAAACAAACCGAAGAAGAACAGAACAGAGCGAAGGAACAAUACCUAGAUGGGAUCAGGAAAAUAACUGCAGCCAUGAAGCCUGAAGGAUCUUACUUUCAGCAAAAAUCCCUGGGAUAUUUCGACAUCAUGUUAGCACCGUUUGCUCAGCGCAUGCCAGUCUUAAAGCACUUUAAAGGUUUCGAAAUCCCAGAUACACCAGAGUUUGCAAGGUACCAUAAGUGGUGGGAGUCAGUCAAGAGGCACUCGGCUGUUGUGCCGACACUCAGAGAUACAGAAGACUUAAUACAAAUGUAUGAACGGUAUGCUCACAAUACAACAAAGUCACUUGUAAGUCAGGCAGUUCGUAAGGGGCAGCCUCUUCCAUGAAAUCAAUUCACUAGCACUUCUAAUUCUUUGCAAAGCAAAGAGAUUUUUAUUUUUAUCCAUGUUUUUUUUUAGAAAUAAAUUGAUAUCAUUCACAUUAUUUACCACCAAAGACCUGCACAUGGCACAUGCAAGCACACAAUAUUUAACAAAUUGUUUAUACUAUACUGAAAUAAUACUCAAUUGAAGGUUAAUUGCCCGGUUCAAAAAUAUAGAAGAUAAGCUGGGACUGAAAUGGUACAUGGGAAGUACAUUAAUAUAUAAUGGCAGGGAUGCUUGUCGGAAAUUUCGAAAGUGACCCUUAAAUGGUACCCAAGUCUUGUCCAGGUGGGCAUGGCAACUGAUGAUAUUUACCCCUCAAGUGACCAAAGUCAGAUGAUGAACCAAAACUAAAUUAUCCUGAAUUACGAAUACCAUUCUAGCUGUCAUUAACAUAAUCUCAGGUAUCUUAUUACUCAACAAACACCCAAAGAGGUACUACUGCUUACUGUCUUAUGGUCCAUUUAAUUGUGUGACACCCUAAGAGGUACCAAUUCACAGUUUUGGAACCCUAAAAGGUACAACCAACAUCCCCACCUUUUUUUAUUGGAUACAAUAUGGAAUGUUGCUUUAUAAGUUGCACUUACAGAAAGCAUGGAGGCUUCCAACACAUUUCCUCUUGACUGUGUAUCUCUAAUAAGUACAUCUGAGGAUAAUUAUGUCAUAUUUUCCCAAAAUACAUUUUGGUCUCAGCUUGUAUGUUCUAGGUUUUGAGGCAAUACAGUAAUGAUUUUUUUAAAGAACUGUUGAUGUGAAAAUAAUGAGCCACCAACUUUAGUCACCAUGUAUCCAUCCACCUCGCAAUGUUGUAAAUAAACAGAAUAUUAACAAGU